CGUCGCCCAGCGGUCUAGUACGAACGUAUACCGAACGCUUUGUAUAUCCUGUAAAUUAUAUCCUGUGUGUGCGAUUGAUCUCGUCUGCCUGGCAGAAGGCGAAGGAAAUCCCUGAAACGAUAUUACAAGCCAAGUGCGCUUGAGUUCGUGUAUUUCCGGUUGAACAAACACAUAAGCGAAACAUAAAGGAAAGGCGGAAUAUAAAAAAAAAAUAUAUGAAAUUCCACAUGCCCCAUACUUAUGCCAAUAAAUAUAUAUAUAUAUAUAUAUGUAGUAUAUAAAGAGGAGUAAAGCCAGCCAGCACGAAAAGUGAAAAUACAUAGAGGAGAGUUGAGGCGAGAGCAUAUUUCAUACAGAACACAGAAACACAGGCGAGAGCCAGAGAAAGCUGGCGACAAAGGCUAACGCACGACCUUUGGCACCGAGUUCAGAUCCAGCGGAGGGGUCAGCGAAUCAAUAGAGACAAAGGCACGGCAACUGCAUCCCCAUCCCCGAGUCCAGUUUCAAGUUUAGCGACCAAAAUUCACUCGCAAAUAAUGCUGACCAUGUCGACCCUGAUGAUGCCAGCCCCGACCAUAGCCAUGGGUGCCCCGCAGAUCACAAUGGGUCCGCACAAGCCCCCGGAAACGAAGCUGCUGGCCAUCCAUCCCGCAGCAGCGGCCGCAGCAGCCGCCCAGCAGCAACAGCAGCAGCAGCAGCAGUCGGUGACAGCCGCCCAUUUGCAGCACAAUGGCCAGCAGCAGCACUCGCAGCAGCAGCAAAUGUCGCAGCAGCAGCAGCAACAGCAGCAGCAGCAGCUCGUGGGCAGCAACUCCAAGCCAGAACAGUUUCACAUUUUUGUGGGCGAUCUGAGUGCCGAAAUCGAGACGCAACAGCUGAAAGACGCAUUCACCCCAUUCGGAGAAAUAUCAGACUGCAGAGUUGUGCGUGAUCCGCAGACAUUGAAAUCAAAGGGCUAUGGCUUUGUCAGCUUUGUCAAGAAAUCGGAGGCGGAAACCGCCAUCACUGCAAUGAAUGGUCAAUGGCUGGGCUCUCGCUCGAUACGCACAAAUUGGGCCACACGAAAGCCGCCGGCAACCAAGGCAGACAUGAACGCCAAGCCGCUGACCUUUGACGAGGUCUACAAUCAGAGCAGCCCCACCAAUUGCACUGUCUACUGUGGCGGCAUCAACGGAGCCCUCUCCGGCUUCCUCAACGAGGAGAUACUGCAGAAGACCUUCUCGCCCUACGGCACAAUACAGGAGAUACGGGUCUUCAAGGACAAAGGCUAUGCAUUUGUGCGGUUCUCCACCAAGGAGGCGGCCACCCACGCCAUCGUGGCCGUGAACAACACGGAGAUCAACCAGCAGCCGGUGAAGUGUGCGUGGGGCAAGGAGAGUGGUGACCCCAACCACAUGUCGGCCAUUGCCGGUGGUGCUCUGGCCCAGGGAUUCCCCUUCGGGUCGGCGGCAGCGGCGGCUGCAGCGGCUGCCUACGGACAGCAGGUGGCCGGAUACUGGUACCCGCCGGCACCCACAUAUCCGGCGGCUGCCCCCGCCAGCGCCCUUCAGCCGGGACAGUUCCCAGGGAUGCAGGGAUUCACCUACGGUCAAUUCGCCGGCUACCAGCAGGCGGGAUACAUGGGAAUGGGGGUCCAGCUGCCGGGCACCUGGCAGAGUCCGCCCCAGCCUCAGCUGGCCAGUGCAGCGGCAGCCACCGCGCCGCAGAUUACUCAGAGCGUGGGCAGUGCACUGCCACAGGCGGCCGGAGUGGUUGCCUAUCCGAUGCAGCAGUUCCAGGUCAGUCCACAGCUGGCGGAGGACGAGUGGCUGGCGCCCAGUUUGCUCGUGUAGCUGCCAUGAGGGAUGGCCAUGUAUCCCACACAGCAGCAGCAGCAGCAACAGCAGCAGCAGCAGCAGCAGCUGCAGCAGCAACAUGAGCAGCAGACGU